CCUGUCAGCCUCAUAGAAAAUGGUCAGUUGUGACUCGGACUCUACAAUAUUUGGUUUGCACUCGCUUUUUACGCACAGCCGCGGCGUGACUCCUCUGCUUGUCCACUCCAUCUGAACCAACGCCUUUUACGCACAGAUCCUGUGUUGGAGUCUCCUCCACACUUGUAGCUGACUUGACUUUUCUUUUCCUAUCAAAUACGGAGAGACAGGGAGGACGGGACAUGACCUGGACGCGGAGGCCACUCACCGGAGGGUCCAUAUUUUGGUGUCUGCUGAUGCUGAUUCAUUGUUCGCUUCACGCAGAUGCAGCGUUCACCUGCAGAUCCACUCAGCUUAAGUGUGGAAACGGGAGGUGUGUCACCCGCAAGUGGAUCUGUGAUGGAACAGACGACUGUGGCGAUGGAACCGAUGAGCUGCCUGAAACCUGCGCAAGCAAAAUCUGUCGGGAGUCAGAGUUCAAUUGUGGUCCUCCCUUGAAUCAGUGUAUCCCAGGAAGCUGGCACUGUGAUGGCAAAGCUGACUGUGACAACGGGGCUGAUGAGAAAAACUGCACAGCCAAACAGUGCACAGCUGGAGAGUUUCGUUGCGCCAGUGGUCAGUGUAUAUCCACCGCUUUCGUCUGCGACAAUGACAACGACUGCUUGGAUGGCUCAGAUGAGGCUUCCUGCCCCAAACCCACUUGCAACUCUCGCUCCUUCCAGUGCAACAACUCCGUGUGUGUGCCAGCCCUGUGGCGCUGCGACGGAGCCAGCGACUGUGCUGACGGGUCUGACGAGUGGCCGGAGAACUGUGCAGGACACCAGUCGGGGAAGGCAGCGAGCUGUGAGGCCAACGAGUUCCAGUGUGUGAAUGGGGAGUGUAUCCACAGCAGCUGGAGGUGUGAUGGAAGCGCAGACUGCCAGGACAAAUCAGACGAGCUCAACUGCAGUCGCUCCACUUGUCAUUCAGACGAGUUCCAGUGUACUGACGGUACAUGUAUCCAUGGCAGCCGUCAGUGUGACAAGACGCCUGACUGCAGGGACCUCAGUGAUGAGAUGGGCUGCCACAUAGAACAUGUAUGUGAAGGCCCAACCCAGUUCAAGUGCCUCACUGGAGAGUGCAUCAGCAUGGAGAAAGUGUGUGACACACAUAAAGACUGCAGGGAUGGGUCAGAUGAACCUGACAAAGAGUGUGGCAACAACGAGUGUUUGAACAAAAAUGGCGGCUGCUCCCAUUACUGCAGGGAUCUGAAGAUUGGCUACAACUGCUCCUGCCCUGCUGGCUACAGCCUGAAGAUGGACCAGAAAACCUGUGAAGACAUUGAUGAAUGUGCUGUGCCGGACACUUGCAGUCAGAUCUGCAUCAACCUGCCUGGCAGCUAUAAGUGUGACUGUAAAGAGGGCUUUGUGAUCAACCCUGCGACCAAGACAUGCAAGGCUGAAUCAGGAACUGUACCCACCCUGUACUUUACCAACAGACAUGAGGUGAGGAUGAUGACGGUGGACCGCAGCGAGUACGUCCGUCUGAUCCCACAGCUGAAAAAUGCUGUGGCUCUAGACAUGGAUAUGCCAAACAAGAUGGUCUUCUGGUCUGACUUGUAUCUGAAGAAAAUCUACAGCUCCAACAUUGAGGUGGCUGCUAACUCCUCUCACCACACUGUAGUAAUUGACAGUGGGAUUGAAGCCCCAGAGGGCAUCGCAGUGGACUGGAUCCAUGGCAACAUCUACUGGACUGACAGCAGUUUGAAGACUAUCUCUGUGGCAACGACAGAUGGCAGCAAGAGGAAGACCCUGGUUACGGAAAAUCUGGAGAAGCCAAGAGCCAUCACAGUGGACCCAGUAAAUAACUUUAUGUACUGGACAGACUGGGGUGAGAAGGCUAAGAUAGAGAGGAGCGGGUUGAAUGGAGCAGAUCGCUUUGCCUUGGUAACAGACGACAUUAUGUGGCCCAAUGGCAUUGCCCUAGACAUGGUCAACCAGCGUCUGUACUGGGUGGACUCAAAGAUGCACACUCUGUCAAGCAUCGAUGUGAAUGGAGGGACCCGCCACAGACUGAUUUUCAGUGAAGACAAGCUCUCGCACCCCCUCUCUCUGACUGUCUUUGAGGAGAAAGUGUUUUGGACAGACAUGGACAACAGUGCCAUCUUUAGUGCUAACCGCCUGACGGGAAUGGACAUCACCGAGCUGGCGGGGGACCUGGUCCAACCAGAGGGCAUCAUACUGUACCAUGACCUCAAGCAGCCCAUUGCUAGGAACUGGUGCAAGGAGAGUAACAGCAUGAAUGGAGGUUGUGAGUUUCUUUGCCUCCCUGCCCCUGCGAUCAACAAGCACUCUCCUAAAUACACCUGUGCCUGUCCUGACCACAUGUCCAUGGGACAAGACAUGAGGACAUGUGUGACAGGCUCAGUUGAUCCCACCGCAGCCACCAAGCCGGCUUCGCCUAGGCAGCCUGUCCCUACAACUACUACAACUACAACCACCAGCACUACCAAAACACUCUCUACUACCUCUUCUAUCCUGUCCAAACAGAGCACAGAGCAGCCUUCCGCCACUGCUCAAGAUAGAAGAUUGGAAGCCGUGCCUGCAGAGGCCCCUUUGUCCCACCCUGUAGCUCUCUACGUCGUGGUGCCAAUAAUGAUCAUGUCCUUGCUGGUCUUCGGAGCAGUGUUGCUAUGGAGACACUGGCGUAUAAAGAACACCAAUACCAUCCACUUUGACAAUCCAGUGUACCAGAAAACCACAGAGGAUGAGGUGCACAUCUGCAGGAACAGCUCUGAAGGCUACGUUUACCCUCAGAGGCAAAUGCUGAGCAUGGAGGACAUGGAUGUCGCAUGACAAAGAUGAAGAAGACACUAGCUUUAUUUGAAGUUUUUUUGUGGAUGCUCACAGUGACAAAGCGACAAAGGUCAUUUUUUUCCACUGUUGCUGCUGCUUAACAGUCCCCUCCCUCCCCUCGUGGCCUCAUUUUGUGGCUUAUGUCUCUGAUAUCAGCACUGUGUCAUCUAAGUCUGAAAAAACUUGGGGGAAAAAAAAGACCUUUCAAACUUUCGAAUGACAAAAUGGAGCACAACUACAGGAAGCCAAGAAAUGGUUUCAAAAUGAAGGAGUGAGGCAUGGUUUCAGAAGAUGAUCAUCUCGGUUCCAGAGCCUUGACUUUUGCAGACACAGAAUGUCAAUUACGUCAGUCUUUCUUCAGAGAUUUUAACUUGAAAAGCCUGGCCUGUACUGUCUUAACACUCGUGCGUGCCUUCCACCUUCCAAACCCAUUUCUGUUAAUGUCCUAGUGCAGUAAUGGCCUUGCUGUUGUUAUAUUGUGGCCUUCUCUUCUCCUGGACACAGCUUUGCAAAUUUUGAUCCCUCCCAUAUGAGAGGCAUUUGUCUCCGUCACCCAUUAUAGUUUUUCUCACAGGUGAAUCACAUCAGUGCUUUUACGUUAUUUGUUUUUUCCUUUUACGACAAUCUCUGACGGGGGCAUGCGUCAAAGGUUUACACUCUAAAUGGAAAAGCUGCUGCUUGAAAUGAAUCAAAAUGAAGAAAAUUAAAGUAAAACAUGAUUGUAAUGAUUACUUAUCAUGUAACGAUGUAAAUAUUUUGUAAAACAAUCUUAUCUUCACUCCGAUAUUGCCUUUUUACAUUUGUAAAAUUUACUCAAGAUAUAUUGUAUAUAUGCACGACAGUCUUAUUUAUUUCUGAAAAUAUACGAGAGAAGGUUUUUUUUGAUUGUCAUCUGGCUGUAAAUACAGUAGUACUACAUUUUUUUGUUCCAGCCAGGUCAGUUUACCUUUUACAUUGUGCAGCUGUUAUUUAAUUUGUGUUCAAUCAAAUAUUUGGUCACCUGCUCAAGUUUGUGUGUACGACAUCCUGCGUGCUGCAUGUUGCUGAAAAUUACUGGAGAAACUUGCUCUAUUCUCUACACCACUGUUUGUUUCUGUGUCAGUGACAAUGACAUAAUUUAUUUUGCUGCAUCGGUUUCCACUGUGAGAUUAAAUGAACACACUGUGUGCACUAUGCAAAGCACGGGCCUCUCCGAAGUGAUUGAAUGUAUCGAUCGAUGCCUGCACAUCGCUAAUGUACAUCGCUUUGUUUGUUCU